AUGGCUUCUAUUGAUGAUGAAAGUGGUUCGUCUAGUAAGAAAACAGUUGGUAAACGUGGUGUGACCCGAUUGCAAAAAAUUCACAAAGCCAAAAGCAAUGGAAAGAGAAUUGAGGUUCAAUGGAAUUCCAGAGGUCAACCAAUCAAGCAUAAUAGCAAGACUUUUGCUAGUUUUAUUGGUGUCACAGUUCGUCGGUUAGUUCCAAUAAGCUUGGACAAUUGGAGCGCGAAAAAAAAUAAAGAGGAUAAAUUCGGAGGAGUUAUACUAACCGUUCAAAACCCUAUGGAUUCUUAUUCAUUUGCUUCUAAAUUGGAACAUUCAAUGUCUCUAUGGACUCAACAGGGAAAAAAGGGAAUAUGGAUCAAUUUGCCCUUACAGCAUUCUAAUCUUGUUCAUUCUGCUGUCAAGGCUGGAUUUAGGUACCAUCAUGCUGAGUCAGAUUACUUGAUGCUUGUAUAUUGGAUCCCUCAUACCCCUGAUAGCAUUCCUGCAAAUGCUUCACACCGUCUCGGCGUUGGUGCUUUUAUCGUCAAUAACAAAAGAGAGGUGCUUGUGGUUCAGGAAACCAGUGGUAGAUUUGGAGGCACAGGUGUAUGGAAGAUGCCUACUGGAGCUGUUAAUGAAGGCGAGGAUAUUUGUGAUGCUGUAAUUAGAGAAGUGAAGGAAGAGACAGGGGUAGAGACAGAGUUUGUUGAAGUUUUAGCUUUCAGGCAAAGCCAUAAAUCUUUUUUUCAGAAAUCAGACUUGUUCUUUGUUUGCAUGUUGCAACCUCAAUCCUUUGACAUUCAAAGUCAGGCCUCAGAAAUUGAAGCAACUAAGUGGAUGCCUGUUGAAGACUAUGCAGCCCAACCUUUUGUGCAAGAAAACGAGCUCUUUGAUUUUAUUGCGAAAAUAUGCUUAUCGAAGUUGAAUGACAACUACACUGGUUUUUCUAACGUACCUACUACUACAUCUUCUGGCAAAAAAACUUAUCUGUAUUUAAACAAUGAUGCUAUUGGUAGCCACUUGUUAGCUUCCAAAGAGCAAGCUUAG